CGCAGCAGGUUAUGCCGUGGUCUGCAACGCAAAGGGAUUUUAGUGUUUUAAUAAAAUCCUCGGUUACGCAGAUGCAUAAAACUGACAGUGAAAUAUAUAAAGCGUUAUUAAACAUUGAAGUAAUGUUUAAAUGCCAGGAAUAAUUUUUAUCAUAAUUCUUUCGCAGAGUAUGAAAUUACUGUUGCAUAUUUUCUUAAGGUCCGGAGCAGAACCAAGUCUUCACGGGAAUUCUUUGCUGAUCACCUAUGAAGCUCCUGAUCCUGAAGUUGCAGUUUUGCAAUGAAGAAAAGGAGACGGCUCGCUGCAAGUCUAAACGAAAAGGUUCAUCUUGGCCAUGAGAAAGACACUUCAGAACAGAUUCUUGUAGUGGACUGUGCACAACAAAUUGUCUCCAAGUCUGCGGAAAUAGCUCCUGCAGAUCAGCUCGAAUCUUCCCAAGAACUUUCACCAUCACCAGAACAAAGAAAGCUCCUAAGCUCAUUGCAAUAUAACAAAAAUCUACUUAAAUACUUAAAUGAUGAUAGACAGAAACAUCCAUCAUUUUGUGAUUUACUCAUAAUUGUAGAAGGAAAAGAAUUUAGUGCUCACAAAGUUGUUGUGGCUGUUGGCAGUAGCUAUUUUCAUGCCUGUUUGAGCAAAAAUCCAAGCACCGAUGUUGUCACAUUAGAUCAUGUAACUCAUUCUGUCUUUCAACAUUUGCUGGAGUUUCUUUACACUUCUGAGUUUUUUGUGUAUAAAAAUGAAAUUCCGUUAGUGCUGGAAGCAGCAAAAUUUUUAGAUAUCAUAGAUGCAGUGAAGUUACUAAAUAAUGAAAGUGUUUCCACUGUACAGACUGAUGUGGUAACUGAUGCUCCUACACCAGUAGAAACACUCAGUGAACUGACAGGUAAACUAUUAAAUAGUCAUCAGUGCACUUUUUGUGGUCGAAGUUUCUGUUACAAGAAGUCCUUAGAAAAUCAUUUGGCUAAAGCCCACCGAGCCCUUUCCCUGGAGCGAAAGCAUGGGUUAAAAAUGGUUGAGAAGGCCAGCUUUUCCACCAGGCGCUCCACGAGAAGCCGGAAGUGUCCGGUGAAAUUCGAUAUCAGCGACAAUGAAAGCGGUGAUGCCUCUGACAGCAAUUUGGAAAAAGUCAGUUCUGACAAGGAGACAUCUGAGAGAAGUGAGUUUGAAGACAGUGAAAGUGAGUGCAAUGUGGAUGAAGACGGGCAGGAAGAGGAAAUGUCAGGUGAAGAUUCAGAAUCCGAAGAGCAAAGUGAAAAGGAGCAGAAUGAUGCUGAAGAGGGUUCUGAGGCAGUUGACUCAAUGGGGAAUAUUCCUGAAGGCUUAGCUCCAGUUAUCAUUCAGAGCAGCAGCAAAAAACUACUGCAGUGUCCCAAGUGUGACAAAAAGUUUGAUCGAAUAGGAAAAUACGAGAGCCACACGCGUGUCCACACGGGUGAGAAGCCUUUUGAAUGUGAUAUUUGUCACCAGCGCUACUCAACCAAGUCCAACCUGACAGUGCACAGAAAGAAACACUCCAGUGACACUGACUUCCAUAAGAAGGAACACAAAUGUCCUUACUGCAAUAAGCUGCAUGCAAGCAAAAAGACCUUAGCAAAGCAUGUGAAGAGGUUUCAUCCAGAGAAUGUACAAGAAUUUCUUUCUAUCAAGAAGACAAAGAGUGAAGGUUGGAAAUGUGAUAUUUGUAAGAAAUCUUUCACUCGACGACCUCACUUAGAAGAGCAUAUGAUCCUUCACUCUCAGGAUAAACCCUUCAAGUGUACCUACUGUGAAGAGCAUUUUAAAUCACGGUUUGCAAGACUGAAACAUCAAGAGAAAUUCCAUCUCGGGCCUUUUCCUUGUGAUAUUUGUGGCCGCCAGUUUAAUGACACAGGGAAUCUGAAACGCCACAUCGAAUGUACUCAUGGGGGAAAGAGGAAAUGGACAUGUUUCAUCUGUGGGAAAUCCGUCAGGGAACGAACAACUUUGAAAGAACAUCUGAGAAUUCACAGUGGAGAGAAGCCUCAUCUCUGCAGUAUCUGUGGACAGAGUUUUCGUCAUGGAAGCUCUUACAGACUUCAUCUAAGAGUGCAUCAUGAUGACAAGAGAUAUGAAUGUGAAGAAUGUGGGAAAACGUUUAUUCGGCAUGACCAUCUGACAAAACACAAAAAAAUACAUUCAGGUGAAAAAGCCCAUCAGUGUGAGGAAUGUGGAAAAUGUUUUGGCCGUCGAGAUCACCUUACUGUUCAUUAUAAAAGUGUUCAUCUAGGAGAAAAAGUUUGGCAGAAAUAUAAAGCAACAUUUCACCAGUGUGAAGUCUGUAAGAAAGUUUUUAAAGGGAAAUCAAGUUUGGAAAUGCAUUUUAGGACGCAUUCAGGUGAGAAGCCCUACAAGUGUCAGAUCUGUAAUCAGUCUUUCAGAAUUAAGAAGACAUUAACAAAACACAUGGUUAUUCAUUCAGAUGCUCGACCUUUUAACUGCCAGCACUGCAAUGCGACAUUUAAACGGAAAGACAAGCUGAAAUAUCAUAUUGAUCACGUUCAUGGAUCUAAGGCUGCAGAAGAAGCAUUGGCAUCUUCUCCAGAGGAAAAGCUAGUCUCCUUGCCAGUGCAGUACACCUCUGAUGACAAAGUUUACCAAGCUGAGGCUAAACAGUAUGUGGAACAGUCCAAAGCAUAUCAAUCAGAAGCCAAAACGUUGCUGCAGAAUGUAUCCCCAGAAGUGUGUGUGCCUGUGACUCUGGUCCCCGUCCCCAUGGCAGACCCCCAAGCAGAGCUGGUGCAGCACAGCGCUCAGUCCCACAUCCUUCCCCCGCAGCCGGAGCAGCCGGAUUAUCAGCGAGCAACGGAGCUCUCCUUCCUCGAGAAAUACACCCUGACUCCACAGCCUGCAAAUCUUGUUCAUCCUGUGAGGCCUGAGCAGAUGCUGGAUCCCAGAGACCAGUCAUACCUUGGAACUUUGCUGGGGCUAGAUACGACUCCGACUGUACAGAAUAUUUCAAACAACGAACAUUCAUGAUCAGACCAUAACAUUCCACCGAAUUUGCUAAGCCAUCGGCCACCAGAAGGCUGAUUAUGGCAACUAAGAGUUAUAUUUUAUAUUUUAUUUGGACUCAUUAAGUCUUCUGCAUAGUUUUGGGGAAACAAUUUGUUUACAUAAUAUUUGAACAUUUAGGCACAUUUUGAUGCAUACGAAAGAGUGUUUCUUGUGAUUUUAAGAGUUUUUAAAAAUCUUAUAGAUGGUCUUUUAAAAAUAAUGCUCUGAAAUAUGUUUUAAGGAUAGUGGCUGAAAAUGUAAUUACAUAUCUGGCUAUUAAUUUAAAAAAAAUUGUUUGCCUUUCUGCAUCUCACUUUGAGUUAAUGUUUCAAGUGGAAUAGAAAGCAUUCUAAAAGAAUGAGGACUAUUUAAAAUUCAUGAAAAUUUGUAAGGGCAGGCAGGGCUAUGAAACACAAACUUUGAGGUAUGUUUCACACAGAAAUUAAUAUAUAAUUUCCUUGAACCUGAGGCAUUUUUUUGGAAGGUUUUAAAGGUAGCUGGACUUUGAAGCCUAGCCAGUGAACACAGCACUAGGUUCUUCUGAAAAGUGAUUUAUGACACUUUAUGAAGACACUAAACAAGGUGUUCAAUGAUCCCCUGAGUACAAUUAGGCUGCCAAAAUUUGGCCUCUUAGUUCUUUUAUCUCUAAUGUCAGUGUGGGAAAAGCUAGACAAUGGUAUUGUCUAAUUUUCUACACUUAGUUCUAUAUAAUUUUAAGAUGCAUUUUUUCUUGCUUUUUCAAUCUUCUUUGUCUUCUAAAGUGUACCCCACACUCUAACUUCGAAAGAAAUGGGAGUAUUUGCAAGGUCAUUUUAAUCCAUGAAUAAUCACAAAGGAUUGGCAUGGUUUACCCUUGCUAGAGCAUAAAUGAUAUCAGGGUCCCACAUUAAUGUGCCCAUUUUCAGGUUAUCUGUGAUAGAGGAGAAAUUUAAAGACUGUUCCAGAACAGUAUUUAAUUUCUAUUUAAAAAAAAUCAGUAAUUAUAAAUCUCUUGUGAGUUGCUAAUUAAAUUGUUUUGUUUCUCACUUUCUUGUACUGUGUUUAUAAACCAAAGUUAAACUCAUGAGAGUAUUUUAUGUCUAAUUAUUUUUAGCUGUUUCUUUACUAGACAUAAGGGUUUUUUUCAAAAAAACCCAUUUGGAACUACAAGUCUGGUGUCACCAUGAAAUCUAAUAUACUUUAACCUUAUCUAGCUUUCGCUUUUAAGUCUACUUUAAAAAUAAUUAUUCUGUGUUUGUUUGGUGAAUAUGAUGCCAAAGAAAGUAUCUGAAGUAAUUUUAUAAUCUUCAUAAUUCCUCACAAGAAUUGCAUAAUAAGAUUCCCUUCUUAUUAAGAUGGAAAUUUUCUCCCAGUUUUCCCUAUUCCUAAAUUAUUAUGUCAAAGAAUCUUUAAAAUGGGAAACUGGAUUUAUGUGUAUUGUAACUGUUAAAUUUAUUCAGUGACCUGAGCACAAGGGAGUUGUGGUGAUGACUCUUAUCACAGUUCUACAAACUCCCAAGUGGCACAGAUCCUUUGAGAUUGUAUUCAGAUACUUUGGUGUUAGAUUCUAUUAAUCAUCUACUUCAGUGUUGAGCAGUUUGCAGGGGAGGGGCCAGAACUGCCUGAAUGUUCAUAUUUUGAAGCUUGUAUCCUAAUGGAUUCUUAACCUAAACACACCAAAGAUUUCUGUUAGCUGUUAAAUAGUGGCAGAGUUAUAGAAUUUUAAGUGUUACCAAUAUUUAAAUAGGACUUAGCCAAAGAAGCACAAUAGAAGUCCUAAACUUUAAAAGUUCAGUUUCUAAAACAGGACUACUAACUGUUGUAUGUUUGUAUCUCUAAAGUAAAAUUUAGAGCUGUGCUCUGGGAAUGUUCAGACUGACAUGCUGUAAAUAGAUCUGGGAAGAAGCUGAAGACUAGCAAAUACACAGCAAUAACAAGGCCAUUGAAUGCCACCUUCUGAAAGGACACUAUCAAGUACUACCCUUUCUGCUUUCUUAACUCCACCUUUCAUCUCCUUUCAAAAUAAAACUGUUUCUGUCACCUUUACACUCCAUGGCUUGAAAAUGGCUGGUUUAUGUGUAGUUAUCAAGUCUACAUGUGUGUAUCAUAUUCGUACUAUUCAUGUGCACAUGAAAAAUUAUUUCUGCUGCAUUUGUAAUUGUACUGUUGAAAGUAACCCAACAUCAGUGAUGUCAGUGCAGUGCUCAGACUAAAAGCCUAAUUCUUUGUUAUUUCUUGUACUUUCUGUCCUACAGUAGAAAUAAGUAUUGUAGGAUUUUGACAAAAUAGUAGCUUCAAAAUGGUUGGUAAAUAAUUGUUUCUUUUAAAGUCCAGUCUGUGUGGAAGGCACUCUAGGAAAACACUGAAAUUUGGAAUUUGGAGCGUAUUUACUUGAUAAUGUCCUUUUAAAAAUUCUUUCAUAAUUGUGCCUUUUAAUCUAUUCUAAAGAAUGGCUUUUUUCUCUAGUUGAGUUGUUUAUUCAGAAAACAUUAAGGUCAAUGGCUUUCAAAGGGCUCCAUGUUUGUGCAUGCCCAACAAGAGAUGGACUAUAAAAGGACUCGUUUUUCAGAAAAAUGAGCGUGCUUUUUGCUGUUUGGGUGACCAGAAUUACUAGUCAUUCCUGGAAAAAAUUACCUACUAGUUCUUUGGUGUUCUUUUGUUUGCAGAUAACCCUACUAGUUAGUGUUUGUACCUGCUGGUCAGGCUGGAUCAUUGCCAGUUGACAGUGAAAGACAAUAGGAAAGCUUAUGUGCUAGAUACAUAGUUUUUAUUUUUAUUUAAUAUAAUGAGCUAUAAUUUGUAUGGCUUUACAUCUACUUAAAAUUCAUAUAUGAGCAAAGUAAAUUUUCAUGGACUGGGGCUUCGUUUGGUAGGUGAAAGUAUCUGGUUUCUGCUUGAUAGAAGAUGGUUCCUGUUAGGAAGGCUGGGGUCAAGGGCAGAGGUCUGCACCUCCCAGAUCAUGGGUUGGAACUCCUUGGUGUCUGCUCCCCCCAUUUCAGUAUGUGCUCAUCAGAGAGUGUGUGUGCUGGUGAUGUGCAGGGGCGUUUACAAUCAAUUAUCUGGCAGUCCCUAGAUCAGUUGAAUGCUUAUUGCCAAAGAAGGAAGAGGCAGAUGUCUCUUAAAAAGAUCUCUAAAGAGUGUUUGUUUAGUGGCAUAUUGCAAAAAGUUGGUCUUUUCCUCAUACUGGCUUUGGGAGGAAGAGUGGAGUCCAUGCUGGUACUGCAGGCUGCUGCAUGGUUCUGAGAGCUGCACUCGUUCUGUCCAAACAGUAAAUUCUGUAUUUUUUUGCUAUAAGAUUUCUGGUUGUAGACUGGGUUACUGCCUUUAAUUCUUUUAGUGGGUUCCAUGUUCAGUUUAUUUAUUUGUAUUGGAAUUUCCUCUUUGAGCACUGACACUUUUCUUACAGAGGUGUAUCCCUCAUGGGUUCCUUUCAUGCUGAAUAUCAAUCAUUGUAAUGGUAAAGAUAUUUUUUCUGUAAGGCGGUGGUUUCCUUAAAAUUAUAGCACUACUAUAGUCUGGAUUAUAAUUCCAGUAGUUGUUUCUAAAGGUGGGUCAUGCCAGACCACAAUGACAGAAGAUUUAUUUGGUGUCAUCAAAGAGCUUAUUUCCCUAUAAGAAAUGUGAAGGAGCCUCCAGAACUGAGGAACGCUUCCAAGGAGUCGCCUCGCAAUGUGCUUGAUCGAACACGAAACGUGUUAUGGACUGCUAAGGAAUAAAUGACCCUCGAGCUUUUCAAUUUAAAAUAACUUCUGUUUAGGAGUUAAUGAAUGUAGAAUUAUGAAUGAAUUCUGUUGUAGGUGAAUAAUGGGCUUUUUUUUCCCUGAUAACAAUAAAAAGGAUGUGGAAUUUUUCUGUGUGGAACGCACAAGCACGCCUGGCCCAGACUGUGCAUUCCCCAUAUGCCUGAGGCUAACGGGAAGCAGAGUGCAUUUAUCUGUAGGUCCUUGUGCCUCUUGUCCUGUGGGAUCUUGCUCUACAACACAGUCUCACAGCAGUUUGGUUAUUUCAUCAUGUGCAUCAAAGAAUGUCACUGGCAGAACAUAGUGCAGGGCAGUCACCUUGCUUAAGGCCGAAGGGUCCUUUUCAUGGUUCAUUAGAAAUGUUUUGGUUUAAAAGAUUUUGGUGGAUUAAAGGUUAAAAAGACAACAUUUUUUGAAUCCCCCAUAACCAUUAUGAUCAUGUUAAAUGUCGGUCCUUUUAUAUGAAAGAAUGAGGUGAAAAGAACUCAAUAUUUUGUCACUGGUCUAUUGAGAUAACGUGUUUUAAAUGUGAUCUGUACAGGUUGGUAUUUUAGAUGGAAGUCUUUAAAGUUGUCUUUUUAGGGGAAAUCCUUUGCUGUAAGGAAAAGUUAGGAAUUGUACUGUAAAUGUAGAAGUACUCAGUCCUAUGUGUAUUUUUGUUUGCUAUGGAAAAGUAAAGUUCUUUUGUCUUAACAUUGUGUGCUUCACAGGAUUUCUUGCAGGGGUGCUCGCGCUAGGCUUUGAUUUCUGCCCCCUUUUGUUUUUAAACAUCAUGAAAACACACUAUUCUGUGUUUCUUUCAAAGCUCAUGAAAUAGAAACAGAUGAGACCGAUGUUUUAAUCUGAUCGUGCGUCUCAAUCUACU